GUUUUGGGAAAAUUAGACUGUCUCUUGUCACUAAUUAAGAUAAUUAGUCUUAAUAAGUCUGAACAAUAAAAUAACUUUUUAAAAUUUUGUCAAACAUUAUACUAGUAACCCCACUGAGACAAUUUUGGCUUUUAUUUAUUUUUUAUUUUUUUAAAUUUUUUUUAAUUUUAUCCAUUAAAAAAAACUGCAUAAAGACACUGCAAUCAAUGGCAUGCUCAUUUAAUGAUUAAAUUAAAACAUAUAUUUCGAUAUUUGUAAAUACAAGAAGUUGUACAUUAUUGUUUACCUUUUAAUACAUUUAGACUUAAGCAACAGCGUGAUUUACCUGUUCACCUAAAUUAAGUCAUAUUUCAGCCCGUUUCUUGAAAUUGUGUCAAAACUGUUGGUAAAAAAUAUUAAAACAAAAACUAUGUUUCAAAUGGGAGGUGGGGUGAGGACUGCAGGAUUUUUUUCUAUUAUUGAAAGGAGUUAUGUCGCCCUCUAGCGGGUGUUUUUAGGUAUUACUUCAGGAGCCCAUGGUUCAGUUUGUCAUAGGAACCUAGUAACUAGGAACCAUAUGUGUGAUCUGUUGUUUCUCUCAGGAAGUAUAAAAGUGUUACCGUGUCGCAGUCAAAGAUCAUUAAUAAAUAUUUUCAGUUUGUUUUAGUCUUUACUUUAUAAAUAAAAGCCUCAUACAAGCUUUAUAUUACUCAUUUUUGUUCACUCUGAGCUUCUCGGCUUUUAUAGCGAAGUGUUGGCAAUGGCGGUGAGACAUGUCCGGCCUUUUGGAUUGAUUUUGCGUGCAGCAUUGCACGACAAAACCGCUAUUCGGAUCAAGAAGAAUACACGAUUUACAUCAGUAAAAUCGUACAGCACUUCUACGGGAGGCGAAGGAGCUCAAACGGCUGCAGGUCAGACUGUGGUCUCAGAACGAAGGGGGCCUGUGGUCAUUGUGGAGAUAAACCGGCCAGAGGUGCGUAACGCGGUGAACCAGGAGACGGCGGGACGUCUGCUGGAGGAGCUGCAGGCCUUCGACCGUGACCCAGAGCUGAAAGUGGCCGUCCUGCACGGCAAAGGAGGAAAUUUCUGUGCUGGUUAUGAUCUGAAAAUGUUGGCCAAUGAAAAAGCUCCACUGAAAUUGGAGCAAGAUGUCCGAAAGGAUCCCGGUCCGAUGGGUCCGUCCCGUCUGCAGCUCUCGAAGCCGCUGAUCGCGGCCGUCAGCGGCUUUGCGGUGGCUGGAGGCCUGGAACUGGCUCUGCUGGCAGAUCUCCGGGUGGUGGAGGAGAGCGCCAUCAUGGGGGUGUUCUGUCGCAGGUUUGGAGUUCCCUUGAUUGAUGGUGGCACGGUGCGUCUCCCUCGCCUCAUCGGCCUGUCCCGAGCGCUUGACCUUAUUAUGACCGGACGACCUGUUGGAGCACAGGAGGCUCUGGCUUACGGGCUGGCCAACAGAGUGGUUCCGAAUGGUCAAGCUUUGCAGGCGUCUCUGCAGUUGGCAGAAGAGAUCAGCUCCUUUCCUCAGCGGUGUCUGCGGGCAGACCGCUCCUCCGCCAUGCACAGCUGCUUCGAUGCGUCGUCUUUCACUCAGGCCCUUCAACAUGAGUUUGAUCAUGGAGUUCCAGUCAUCCAAGAGGAAGCCAUCCGAGGAGCGACCAAGUUUGUGGGAGGGGAAGGAAGAGGAGGGAAGUUCUCCUCAGAUUGACCCUGCAGAAGUUGGACUUUUUAGAGAAGUGAGAUAAUAUUUUCAAUUAUUUUAUACAUUUAAAAAAGUUAAAACAAGCCUCCCAAAUGAUUGUCAUGGCAACGACCACAAAACAAGUCCAGGAAACUUCAAAGCCGCGAGGAGCUGCACACCAACGGGAACUCGUCAUUGCUUCAACUCAUCUUGAAAACCACUUGAUGGCUUUCUUUCACCCUGUCUGCUGGCACUCCUGUGCGUGCAUGCAUGCGCUCGUCUUGACUGCAGAGCAAUGUAAUUACAGAAUCAACAGGUGUAAGGAAGCGUUCCUGUGGAUCUGAGACUCCCCUCUAAUCUGCAUCGAUUCAUACAGAAAAAAAACCACAAAGAUUUCUUAAAGUGCAAAUAUGUUUGAAAGUCUCGACUUAUGAGGCUUGUUCUGUAGGAAAAGGAGAAAUGAAGUGGUGUGGAGGAGGUGCGUGGGGGUUAACUCAGACACACAAAAACCUCAUUAGGUCUAGGAGGUGUCCCGUCUAGACGGCGUGAUGACAGGACACAGAGCUUCUGUUUAAUGUUUCCUCCUUCUUUCGCUUCAGUUCGGCAAACACACACAGAUACACACAUAUCACCUGCUGUGUCUCUGGGAGGAUGAAUGAACGAACGCAGAAACAUCCUCAAAUACUGAUUGUUGCCCUAAAUAUGUUUAAGAAGGCGUGGAGGAGUGACAUCCGCUCUAAAAGAACGGCAAAUUUUGAAUUUUUGUUUUUAUCUUUCCAAUAAAUAAAAAUGUUUAUUUUGUUCUCUCA